GACAACUGAGGAACAUGCAAGUUACUAAUGACACUCAACUGUCUGAGAAUAGGACCUGUAAGAUCCACCUUACCUGCUCGGUGGAGAAUCCAAAUGACAUUGUCUCAUUAAGGUGGCAGGUCUCAGAAAACACAUCUGUAUGUGAACCAAAUCUCACCAUCUCCUGGACCCCAGAGAAUUCCAGCGAACAGAGCUACACCUGCAUAGCAGAGAACCCUGUCAGCAAUUUGUCCUUCUCUGUCUCUGCUCAGAGGCUCUGUGAAG